CACGCGGGUUGCGGUUGCGAAGCCUCCGGGCAGUCCCGUCUCCGGCGGCAGCGAAGGGGUUCGUCGCCCUGCCGGCGGGAGGGAGGCUCAUUGCCUGGAGCGCCGGGACCUUUGGGCCCGCAGCGAGCCGGCUGCUUGGCUCCUGUCCCCGGGUGUCUGCCCGCGGCCGGCGAGGGGGCGCCCUGCCCGCCCGGCACCAUGGAGCGAGCCUGAGCCGGCGGCUCUCUGCGGAUCGGGGCCGCCCCUCCUGCCCCCAGCGCCAUGUCCGAGUUCCCGGCCAAAGUCCGCACCCAGACCAGCACCCCGGCUGGGGCGCACGGCCCGGCCGGGAGCUCGUUCCCGGUGCUGCGCUCCCUCGGCCUGGAUCUCGGCUUCCUCCGCUCCUUCCUCGGGCUGCUCAUGAUCGUGGAGCUGGUGCUCGGCUUGCUGGUGUGGGCUCUCAUUGCCAGUACGUUUUACCAACCCAUUCCAGCAUACGGCUGGGUGAUGUUUGUAGCCAUCUUUUUCUGGCUGGUAACAAUCAUUCUGUUUGCGAUGUAUCUACUGCAGCUUCAGAUGAAGCUCUACAUGAUCCCCUGGCCUGUUGUGUUAGUGAUAUUCAACACGGCUGCGACUGUCCUGUACGUGACUGCGUUUAUUACGUGCUCCGCUGCCGUUCAGGAUCACAUCCGGCUACCCGGGGACUACAAUAAAAGAGCAGCUGCAUCAUUCUUUGCCUGCAUUGUGAUGAUAGCCUAUGGGGCCAGCACUUUCUUCAGCUUCCAGGAAUGGAAAGGAUUUGGCAGCAAUGCAGCAACCAGUCAAGUGACUAACUAACCCCCCCUCCUGCCGCGCUGGGUCUCUUGAAGGCAGUUUACCGUUGACAGGGUAGGGGCGGGAGGGCUUGCUGGAUUUGCAUUGAGCAAGGGAGCCUCUCAUUCAAAUCAGUAGUGGCUGAAAAUCAUUACUGGCCAAUAGCUGUUUGGUGGCCUACGUGAGGGCUGACACGUGGUCUUUUAAUGCAGCUUACAGUGGAUAAGUGUCCACAGCACAAAACCCACCACAACUGGCAUCCUUGUAUGGUGAAAGACUGACUUGGGAGACUGAAGUCUCUGGAAUUGGUGUCUUCAUGUCACAGUAGCUUAGGGCAGGGGUUCUCACCAAUGUCACGGCCCACCAGUGCCCCAAUAACUGUUUUUCUGCACAUAAAAGCCCAGGCCGGCAUUAGAAGGCAGCAAACAGCAAUUGCCCAGGUCCCCAUGCCAGGCAAUUGCCCAGGGCCCCUAAGCUGCUCAGGCUUUGGCUUCAGCCCCAGGUGGGCCCCGGGCUUCAGCCCUGCACAGCAGGGCUUUGGUUUUCUGCCCUGGACCCCAGUGAGUAACAUUAGUCCUGCUUGGCAGACCACCUGAAAUCUGCUCGCAGCCCCCCCAGGGGGCUCCAGACCCCUGGCUGAGAACCACUGGCUUAGGGGAAAUGUAUCCGUGCCCUGCCUAUGGCGCAAGACUUCAGUCACCAGGACUGGUCAAUCCAGCACAUUUCACUGGCACUAAAUUCACUGAAAAUCAAACCAAGACUCCUCCCACAGCCACUUGCAGCUCUAAUGUAAAUAAUGAAAAAUUAACUCUUUGGUUGAAGCAAUGGCGGAGUUGUGGGAAUGGAAGCUAGGCGAUGGUACGAGAUUGCAACCAUUAUUUUAUUGAUUUCUAAAAUCUGAAGUACAAGUUGUAUGUUAUAAAUAAAAAUCUUUCUAAAUCCAA